GCUAAAUUUGUCUGGUACGUUACGUAGCAUGCUUAAGGCCAGCAUCACCCUAGUCUUGUCUCAAAUAUUAGAUGAUAAGCAUUAUAUACCACUUUUCCGUUCUUAAAUCACAGUAACUUGACUCUAGCCAAGGGCCUUACAAUGAAAAAAAGUUGGUGGUUCCUCACUUAAAUAAAAUUGCAGAUAUUCGUCUUAAACAAGUACAUUCCGACCAUUUCAAUACCUAAUUAUCCUUCGCAGUCAGCUUGAUAGUACCCAAAUUAUCUAGGAAACAAGCUAAAACUUCGUUUCAAGUUGUGACAUACAUUUUUGGACUACCUGGCAAUCAAAGGAUCUGUUUAUAAUGACCAAAAGUAUUCGAAGUAAAUCAAAAAGACGGUUUCGUGCGAUUAGACGUAGACGUAGCUUUAAGCAAAUCAAGGAUCAGUUAAUAAAAUCUACCAAGAAAAGUGAGGAAAAUCCAGUCUCUUCCGAACAGUUGGUUGACUCAAUUUCAAAUCACAUGGAUAUUGUUCCCAAAAGCUUGCCAAAAAUACUGUGUAAUGAACAUGGAACCUACCCAGUGUGGCUAAGUAAAAAAGAACGCAAAAGACAAAUAAAAAUGAAAAGACAACAGAAAAAACGGUGUCGUCCUAAAAAAGUGUAAACUACAUUACGAAUGUGAUAGUGUUUUCGUAAUCUUAUUAGUCUUCUGAAAUCACAACUGUAUGUCAGCAG